AUGGAGUUUGCGCAUCGUACUUUGCUGCAUGCCUCCAUACCGGAAGUUGCCCGCAAUGAAUUCCUCAACGACAUUGGGCGGCGCUCUGUCUUCCGCAUCUGGCGUUACAGCCCGGGCACCGGCUGUCGGCCGCACUAUGAUCCUGGACUUUGCACCGCUCUCCUUCAAGCGUCCGCACCAGGUUUGGAGUUGAAUCUGCAGGAAGAGUUGCCGUCAAAACCAGAGCGCCAGGGUGACUACAGAUAUGAUGAGACGGAGGUAGAAGACAGGAUAAAUGCGCUUCCCGGGUGGGAAGCACCCAGUCCGCCCUCCGAGGAGGACGACACUUUGGUCCUCCGUAGUAAUAUGGCCCGUGUCCUUUCAAAUUAUGCUCUCCCUCCUGUUCUGCACCGUGUGCGAUCGGAUUGGGCCCAGAGGGGUGAGAGGGUGCGGUACAGUCUUGUGGUCGAGCUGAGGCCGAGUCAACCUCGUCGCUGGUACAACAUGAAUCAAGAGUUGAAAGGAGGCUGA